ACCACACUUGUCAGGCUUUUGGUGGGAAAAUGACUUCGGUUCUAGGUUUAUUUGACUUAAAAAUUAAACUUACUAUUAUCCUUUCUCUGACGUUUGUUACUUUGUCAAACUAAGCGACUGUGAUACGAGCCCAUAACUGUUUCAAAGGUGUGCGUGCAACCGCCCUUCAGGUUUAUUAAAACGGCCAGGCUACUCAGGAAAACUUCACCCUGCCUAUUGUUUGCUAGCACGUUAGCAUGUUAGCUACAAGUCUAACGCCUUUCCAGCAAUAAAGUAGUUUUUGUACAUUGUCGACAUAGCUGCUACUGCCGAUGACAGAAACUGUAGCUUGUUUUUUUCCGUUCACGAUUGUGAUUAGAGACGGGGUGUAUUUGACUUGACAGCUAAUUGAGAGCGAUACCAACAACAACAACAGCAGCAUGCCUGAAAUUAAACUGAAGCACGUCGUGUCUUGCAGCACCGAGGAUCCAACUCACAAGGCUGACAACCUGCUGAGCGCUGACACAUACAGAAAGUGGAAAGCAGCAAGACCCGGAGAGAAGCAGACCUCAGUCAUCCUCCAGUUUGAGAAGGAGGAGCAGGUGCACAGCAUCGACAUUGGAAAUGAAGGGUCAGCUUUCAUCGAAGUGUUGGUGGGAAACUCCUCAGCAGUCAGAGACCAGGACUAUGAGGUUCUCUUGGUUACAUCUUCCUUCAUGUCUCCAACGGAAAGCCGUAACAGCACCAACAUGAACCGGGUCCGUUUCUUUGCAGCCAACCAGCUGCAGAAGAGCACAGCUCAGGAGAAGUGGGACAGAGUUAAGAUUGUGUGUAGCCAACCAUACAGUAAGAACAUAGCAUAUGGACUGGCCUUUGUGAAGUUCCAUUCACCCCCUGAUAAAAAUGAUCCUCAACCAAUGAGUUCCCCAAAACUGACAAAGCUGGGACAGUUUAGGGUGAAGGAUGAGUCUCCUUCAUCCACAUCCAGCAUUCAGCCGGGCAGUCUUUUCUUUAAUCGGGAAAAUACAGAAAAAAACAGCAAUGCACUCAAAGUAUCUCCUCAGAGUGAAAAGUUGAGUUACGCUGCUGCUGCCUUGCAGGCUGGCGGUAGCUCUCACUCAGCAAGCCAAGCUUCUUCCUCCAGUUCUGUCUCACCACAGCAGCCACCAGCCAAGAGGAAGUUCGAGUUCAGCAAAGAGCGACAGUCUGCCCCCGGGCCCCCCCCAAAAAAAGCAAGUCCAGCUGUUUCACCUGAGAGCAAAGCUGCCACCCCCAAACACAAGCCAAGCCCAGUGAGCAGUCCCAGCUCUGCCAAAGCCUCGCCAGCACCGAGACCUGCAGAAAAAAAGAGGGAGAGUCACCCUAAACCCGAAGCCAAACCCAAACAACAGAAAGCAAAGUCUGAGAAUGCGCAGCAGGUUCCAUUCAACCGCAUCAUGGAGGGGGUGGUGUUCGUCCUCAGUGGCUUUCAGAACCCGUUCAGAGGAGAGCUGAGGGAAAAGGCCCUGGACAUGGGAGCCAAGUACCGGCCCGACUGGACACCCGACUCCACACACCUGAUCUGUGCCUUCGCCAACACACCCAAGUACAGCCAAGUGAAAGCAGCAGGGGGCAUCAUCGUACGGAAAGAGUGGGUAAUGGACUGCCAUAAGAGGAAGCAGAAGAUCUCCUACAAGCGGUAUUUGAUGGAUGGAGCCGAGUCGAGCUCCGAGAGCGAAAUGGAGGUAGAUGAUCAGAGUGAAGAGGAAACGAACACAAAGACUCCGCAGAAGCAGCAGAGACAAGUCACCCCCAAAAAGACUCCAGACAAGAGGAAUGAAAGUGAUGAAUAUGCUGGCUCCACCGACGUGGACGAACCAGGUGACGAUGACGACUCUGCCGUGGACACAGAGGAUGAGCUGCAGAGGGUGGAGAACGAAAACCAACAGAAGAAAGCAUCAGCAGCGAAGAAGGCGGUGAAGGAGGAGGAGGAUCCCUAUGGGGGGUCGACGGAUGAGAACACAGAUGCUGAGGCUGAAGUGGACCACCCCAUACCCGAAUUACCAGACUUCCUGUCAGGGAAACGUUUUUUCCUCUACGGCAAAUUCCCUAAUAAUGAGAGGCGCCUACUGCUGCGGUAUAUUGUUGCAUUUAACGGGGUCAUUGAGGAUUACAUGACAGAGAAGGUGCAGUUUGUGGUGACGAGUGAAGGAUGGCACGACUCCUUCGAAGACGCGCUGAUGGAGAACGGCAAUCUGAACUUCGUCAAACCUACAUGGAUUUAUGCCAUCAAUGAGCGACAGAAGCUGCUGCCGUAUCAGCCGUACACUGUGGUGCCAUAAACACACUGUACCUUCACAGAGACACGUACAUCUUGAUGAAGACGCCGUGAGCAAAGCCAUACACGAUUUCAACUCUACUUAGAUGAAACAAUAACCCACGCAGUUUAUUAUCUUGGUUUGAAUUUUUAUGCAUUAUUAUUCAAACUGCUCAAAAGUGUCUCUUAGCCUGAUCUCUGUUGUACAAAGGAGGAUUAGAGACACACUGAGAAGGAAAGAAACAGCUGAUAUUUCUGAGAAGUCAUGAACAAAAAAUCUGAAUAUUGUGAGAUUAAAGGUAGCAUAUUUGAGGAAAAAGUUCUGAAGUUCUAAUAUUUCAAGAAAAAAAGUAUAAAACAGUAGAAAAAUAUAUAUGGCAAUAAAGUCUGAUAUGAAAUGAUACAUUUCUGAUAUUUCACAAGCACAAAUAGUCAAAAAUAUUUUCAGCAUAAAGUUGGAAUAUUGUGAGAAAAAAGUUCAAAUUAUUCUAGAAAUUCAAAUUUUUUAAGACAGAAAUCAUACUAGAAAAGUUAAGAGUCAAAAUAUCCACCUGCUGGGUGAUAAGGUCAAAAACGUAAUGUCUCUGUUUUCAUAGUUAUGGACAAUUUGUAAUUUUAAUAGUUUUUUUUUUUUUUUGGCUCCAUGAACAUGAAAUAUAUUCACAAUUCAUAUAGUGCCAGAAGCAAAUGGGUUGCAUUUUAAAUUUUUGUUGAGCUAGAAAGGUCUCCAGAGGACUAUUGUUGAUUUUGGAAUGCAACAGAACAUUGAUUAAUCCGAAACAAAAAAAAAUCAAUAUAUUGGCCAGCCCUAUGCAGCAUUUGAACACAUCAUCUAUAUUUGAAAAUAGUUGAGCUUGCAACAUGAGGACCCCUUUGUCAUAUUAUUUGAUGAUUUCUUAAUUUUUACUUGUGAUGUAUUUUGCAAAAUAUUCCAACGUAACUCAACAGUGAUAUGAUCACAGGUGUAAGAAAAUAUCAGUAUUAUGUUAUUGUGUUGAUUCUUAAAAAUAAUAUGUAAAUGAAGAUUCACAGCAGACAGUGUAUUGUAUGUUUCCCCGCCCACUACAGCAGCCAGUGUUAGCGGAGACAGGAAGUAGUCUAAGGGCUUGAACGUUACACAGUUAGUCAUUCAUUUUAAUCUUCCUUAAUAAAGAAAGACCAGAGGAGAUCAAUUAGAGCCAUGCAAGAUCAAAUACAUGUAAAUCUGAGGGUCACACUGUUCAAAUAUUAAACAGGUAGAUUAUGGGGAUUCACUCAACUUUGGAUACAUACACUAUAUGGACAAAAGUAAUGGGACACGUUGAAUUCAGGUGGUUUUCUAACAGGGGUUUGGGCAUCUCCCAAUCUCCCAUUUAACUUUGAGGAAAUACUGAUGUUUUUAUCUCAAAUCAGCAUGAACAGAACAUCUUACAGCUGUAGACAUGAUGUGUCCCAAUAUUUUUGUCCAUAUAGUUUAUACACAUCAAUAUUUCCUUAAA